AUGGCGUGGAGUGCAUCAUCUGCAUAUUUUGUGACUCUUGUAGCUCAUGGUACGAUGUUAGUAAUGGCAUUAUCAGACAUAAAUGAAUAUGUGAUGGCAACAUUACCAUUGAUAGACUGGACUGAACGUGAAUACGCGGAUGUGGAAACAUCACUAACGAUUGCUAUCAGUCUGGGGAUAGCAUGUUGUGCUAUUGAAAGUUACGUUGCGUGCAUAGCCACUAGAUAUGUGGCGACUGCAGAUUGA